AUGAGCCACAAGCCUCCCAAUGCAAAAAGGAACCAGCAAGCCCAACAGAACCAACAUCAAAUCAAAGAAUCCUUGCAGACUGUGGGGAGGCCAGAGAACCCUGCCUCCACGUCCCCCGAAGAACCCCACCUCCGCGUCCCCCGGGCCCGCGCAAGAGCGUUGCAGCUCGGGGAGGUCGAAGAGCCCCUCUCCCGCAUUCCCCGGGCCCACGCAGAAGCACUGCAGCUUGGGGGAGGCUGGGAGAGCCCCGCCGCCACGUCCCCCAGGCCCGCGCAGGAGCACUGUGGCUCGGGGGAGGCCAGAGAGCCCCGCCCCUGCAUCCCCCAGGCCCGCACAGGAGUGCUACAGCUUGGGGGAGGCCAGAGAGCCCCGUUGAGGCAUGUUGUGGGCCCACGCAGGAGCGCUGCAGCUCGGGGGAUGCCAGGAGAGCCCCGUCGCAGCGUCACUUGGGCCCGCGCAGGAGCACUGUGGCUUGGGGGAUGCUGGGAGAGCCCUUUGCUGCAUCUCCUGGGCCUGCAUGAGAGCACUGUGGCUCAGGGGACGCCUGGAGAGCCCCGCCGCCGGCUUCCCCGACCCCCGCCAAAGCGCAUUGAAGCAGCAGCCAUUAUGGCUGAAGACAGUACCACCCUUGACAUUGUUACAGCCACCUGGAAGCUUGGGAUGAAUCAGUCUGUUUGGCCCAACACAACAGCCCAAAAUGACUCCUGCCCCUGGCACGUAAAGUGGGAGUGGCUAUUUGCCACCCAGCCAUUUUUCCUCUGGUUUCUUACUGCCUUGGGAGUGGUCGAGAAUGUGUUUGUCCUCCUUGUUUUCUGCCUCCAUAAGAGUCGCUGCACAGUGGCUGAAAUCUAUUUGGCAAACUUAGCCAUGGCUGACCUUUUGCUGCUCUGCGGAUUACCCUUUUGGGCCAUUAACAUGGCUAAUAACUUUAAUUGGCCGUUUGGGAACUUCCUUUGCAAAGCCGUCAACAGCAUCGUUCAGAUGAACUUCUAUUCUAGCAUUUACCUCUUGGUGAUGGUAAGCAUCGAUCGCUACCUGGCCUUGGUGAAAACGAUGACGCUGGGAAGGAUGCGCCGACCGCUGUGUGCCAAAUUGAACUGCCUCAUCAUUUGGAUUUCUGCACUGCUCCUCUGUUCGCCUGUUUUGAUAUUCAGAUCGACACAGUACAUGCCUAAGUACAAGGUCACAGGCUGCAUUCUGGAUUACCCACUUCAUAGCCAUUGGCAAGUGACUACCAACGUCCUGCUGAACACAGUCGGCUUUCUGUUGCCUCUCUGUGUCAUUACCUACUGUACGGUUCAAAUAAUCCAGGCUUUGAAAAACAACAACCUUCGAAAGCUCAAAGCAGUCCAGACAGAGAAGAAAGCCACCACCCUGAUCCUUGCGGUCCUUCUUCUGUUUAUUAUCUGCUGGCUUCCUUUCCAGAUCACCACGUUCUUUGACACGUUACUCAAAGUCAAAGUCAUUUCUGGUUGUGCCGCUGAAGAAGCCAUACACGUGACCACCCAGAUUGCCACGUACUGUAGUUUCAGCAACAGUUGCCUUAACCCUAUAGCCUAUGUCAUUGUGGGAAAACAUUUCCAAAAGAAAUCCAAGGAGGUCUACCAUCACUUGUUCCUUAGGAGGCCCAGCCAAGCACCAUCAGUCCAGAUGGUGAGUUCCAUGGAUACCCUCAGAACUUCUAUUUCAGUGGAGCGGCUACGGAAAAAAUCUACUGUACCACGAUAGCACAAUUUUCAUGUUUCUAUAGUAGAGGCAAAUCCUUAAAUGAAGC